GGCUGCUACCGCCGUCGCCAUGUUGUUGCGCAGCGGCUGGCGCCGCCUGGCGCUAUCCCCGGCGCUGAGGCCCGGGCACCGCCGGGCGGGCAGCGAAGUCGGGGCGGCGGCGGCAACGGCAACAUCACCGCGCUACGAAGUGGUGGUGAUCGGCGGGGGCCAUGCGGGGACGGAGGCGGCGGCGGCGGCCGCUCGCGGCGGGGCCCGCACGCUGCUGCUCACUCACAGGAUCGGCACCAUCGGGGAGAUGUCCUGCAACCCCUCCUUCGGCGGCAUCGGGAAGGGACACCUCAUGAGGGAGGUGGACGCCCUGGACGGGCUCUGCGGCCGCCUCUGCGACCGCUCCGGGGUCCACUACAAAGUGCUGAACCGCGGCAAGGGCCCGGCGGUGUGGGGGCUCCGCGCCCAGAUCGACCGGGGCCGCUACAAGGAGACGAUGCAGAAAGAAAUCCUUAACACGCCACUGUUGACAGUUCGUGAGGCAUCUGUGGAGGAUCUUCUCUUGACAGAGCCGGAACCAGGCCAUCCUGGGAAAUGCCAAGUCACAGGAGUCAUCCUGGGGGAUGGGAGCACAGUACAUGCUGGGAGUGUUAUCCUGACCACCGGUACGUUUCUGAGGGGUAUGGUCCUCAUCGGACUGGAGAUGCACCCGGCUGGGCGGCUAGGGGACCAGCCAGCCAUCGGGCUGGCUCAGACUCUGGAGAAACUGGGAUUCGCUGUGGGCAGGCUGAAGACUGGGACGCCACCCCGACUUGCCAAAGACACGAUUGACUUCAGCGGUCUGGAGGAACGUACAGCUGACAACCCUCCAGUGCCGUUCAGCUUCCUCAGCGAGGCUGUGUGGAUCAAGCCGGAAGAUCAGCUGUCAUGUUACCUGACUCACACUACCCUGAAAGCCCAGCAAAUUAUCCAUGAUAACCUCCACCUGAACAACCAUAUAAGGGAGACAACAAGGGGCCCACGGUACUGUCCCUCCCUCGAAUCAAAGGUUCUGCGCUUCCCAAACCGGGAACAUCAGGUGUGGCUGGAGCCCGAAGGCUUGGAGUCCAGUGUCAUUUACCCCCAAGGCAUGUCGAUGACGCUGCCACCUGAGCUCCAGGAGCAGGUGAUCAAAUCUGUCCCAGGCUUGGAAAAAGCCAAGAUGUUACAGCCAGGCUAUGGGGUGCAAUAUGAUUUUUUAGAUCCCCGUCAACUGACUGCUUCUCUCGAGUCUCGUCUUGUUCAGCGCCUCUUCUUUGCAGGCCAGAUAAAUGGCACUACAGGCUAUGAAGAAGCUGCAGCUCAGGGUGUGAUUGCUGGGAUCAAUGCUUGCCUACGGGUUCAUGGCAAGCCCCCUUUCAUCGUCAGUCGCACCGAAGGCUACAUCGGUGUCCUGAUCGAUGACCUUACCACUCUGGGCACCAGCGAGCCAUACCGGAUGUUCACCAGCCGCGUGGAGUUCCGCAUGUCCCUCCGGCCUGACAAUGCCGAUGCCAGGCUCACCCACAGAGGUUUUGAAGAAGCUGGGUGUGUGUCACAGCACCGAUACGAACAAGCAGUUAAGAUGAGAGCUGCUUUAGAGGAUGGAAUUGCAACGCUAAAAUCCCUUCAGUUCAGCAUAUCCAAAUGGUCCCAGUUAAUACCAGAAAUUCCCUUCAGUAGCAGUCGAAGGUCGCCUGUCAGUGCCUUUGACAUCCUUCAACAUCCAGAGGCCAACAUGGAGGUUCUGGCAAGGGCUGUCCCAGAGCCCCUGGGAAGGCUUGCUCAAUGGAGAGAACUGGCAGAGAGAUUGAAAAUAGAAGCUGCUUACGAGUGGUGUGUAGUCAAUCAACAGCAGGAAAUAGAAGAAGUGCGUCGUGAUGAAGCCCUCCGACUGCCAGAGGACCUGGAUUACUUUGCCAUUGAUGCAUCACUCUCCACAGAGGUGCGGGAGAAACUGGACUCUAACCGUCCACAGACGAUUGGUGCAGUCAGCCGCAUCCCUGGAAUUACACCAGCUGCUAUCGUUAACCUGCUGAGAUUUGUGAAAACCAAUCAUCAGAAGACAGAGAAGCUAAAAGCUUUACCUCCGACUGGCAAGUUACCGGGGAAGAGGUACUCGGAGAAAGCAACUUCCCAAAGACAGAUUUCAGCCAGAGUACCUUUGUUAAAACACCUUUGUAGAGAAGUGUACCCCUCCUGCCAGAGUACGUGCAAGAUCACCUGUGCUCGCGAGCCUCUUCGGAUAAAGCCCGUGCUGGCUGGAUCCAAAGCAGUUCUAGUUGUGUCCUAUGGCAGUGUCACUGAGUAGAACAAAGAUGACGAAUGCGCAAGCCUUAAGUAAAUGCUCAGGAACCAAAGUACAGCCUGUGAUUUCGCCAAUCCAAAUGAAAAGAUGGGAAUUGCUUUUAAAAUUCCACGCAUUUGGAAGAUGUCAGUCAAAAUCUGGUCUAAAGCAUCUUGGAAAGGACAGUGUUUUGUGCUUCUGAAAUGCCUAAGAAAUGUUACUGUGCUGAACCCACGGCAGCACAAGAGGAUUUUAGCUGGGAAGCGUGUUCCAUUGACUUCAGUACUUGUGUUCAUAGCUGUGCAGUGACUACGCACAAUCUGAUGUUUUAGUGUGACGUCAGCCAACAGGCAACACUUGGCUAUGAAAACAUGUGCCACGCGUAUUUAAACUUACGUAGGAGACCGACUGAAUGUAAAUGCUGUAUCCUGGGGUGUUUUUUUUCUCCUUUAAAAUAAAUAAAUCUUGAAACCUGCUGAAGAA